AUGAUCAGCAGCCGGCAACACGAGGCCGUUGGGAUAUGUCGUUACCCUUAUAAAGAUUAUAUUGACCUUAGGUAUAGGAGCACUGGAACAAUUUUCUCCCCGGAUUAUCCCGUACCUUAUCCAGAUAAUGCAUUAUGCGUCUGGAGAUUCUCUACUUAUGGUGGUAAUCGAAUCGAGAUAAAGUUUGUAGAUUUUGAACUCAGAGGAAGUUCCAUGAAUGAUGUUGACGAUGAUUGCAAUUAUAACAUGGACCAUGUUGGAAUAGAUUACGGUUCGUGGCCAGUCCAACAAAACACUUACUGUGGAAACCUGACGGCCUUUGAUGUCUAUUCGACUUACCCUGGUUUUCAAAUGUAUGUUAGUUUUCUUGCCAUCCCCAUUGGCGUGCGAGGAAAAAGAGGUUUCAAAGCACAUUUUGAAGCUGUCGAAGCGCCUGACUUGACACACACAGUUUACGAUGAAGAGUUGUGUCUCCCAGGAAACGCCAACAAUCUAAACCUGAAGCUAAAUGAUUCACACGGAACUGUGCAAAGCCCAAUGGAAGAUUACCUUUCUCUCCGGUGUGAAUGGCUUAUCACUGUACCAGAGGGAAAAGUUGUGGAACUCAGCUUUGAGAGGUUUCAAUUGCUUCCCCGCGAAUGGAAGGAAUGUUUAGGCAGUUCGCUGGAAGUUUAUGAUGGGAAGACCGAAGAUUCGUUGGGAAUUUACUGUGAUAUUGUAGUUCCAGAACCCAUGAGGUCAAGCAGUCGGUACAUGCGGGUUCGUUUCAUAUCAAGGAGUGGAUACCUUAGGCUUUACCCGGGGUUUAAAGCCACAUUCAACGCUGUGGAUAAACCAAGUCUGGUGUUGGUGACUUUGGCAGGACAAAUAACAUCUGCUCAGAACUGUUCAACUGGGAACAAUUCAUGGCUGGUUACUGCAUCAGCAUCUUACAACACAACUAUUACAAGUCCCAACUAUCCCCUGAGCUAUUCUGACAACAUGGAAUGUACAUGGCAGGUUGAAAUUGAAAACAACCUCAACUUUGCAUCCGGUGGUUAUGUACUGAAGGUGCUAUUCAAUGACUUUGAGUUGCAACAAGAUCAAGACCUUUCAUUGACUCGCUGCCCAUUUGAUAAGCUAACUUUUUAUGAUGGAAAAUCGGAGUCUUCUCUCUUUCUUGGAUCAUUCUGUGGUACAGUCCACCCUGAAGUUAUUUAUUCCACUGGAAAUAACUUGUCAAUCAAGUUCCACACAGACAGCGGGAUGACUUUCAGAGGGUUCAGCAUUAGUGUUUCGGUGGUUGAAGCAGUAUUUACUCCAAUUAGCUUAGCAGUGCUAUGUCGUAAAUGUCGCUGCCGCUGUGGCUUACACAAAAGGGACUUUAAGCAAAUCGCCACGGCUGGUGCUGAUACGGCUGCCGGAAGUGAAGCCGCAGGGAUAUGUCGUUACCAAUAUGCUUAUAUCGACUUUGGGGACGUGCUCAAAUAUUCUGGAACAAUUUUUUCCCCCGAUUAUCCCGUCCCUUACCCUGAUGAUGCAUAUUGCGAAUGGAGAUUCCUUUCUCCUAUUGGUAAACGAAUGACGUUAAAGUUUGUGGAUUUUGAACUUAGAGGAAGUUCCAUGAAUGAUGUUCACAAUGAUUGCAAUUAUGACAUGGACCAUAUUUCUAUAGAUCGCCAUUUGCGGUCAUAUUAUUGGAGCAUGUAUUGUGGGAACCAGACGACCUUUGAGGUUUAUUCCACCGGUAUUGAAAUGCAUGUUAGAUUUCGUGCCGUCUCCGUUGGUGUGCGAGGAAAAAGAGGUUUCAAAGCACAUUUUGAAGCUGUCGAUCCGCGUGACUUGACAGUUUUCGAUGAGGAGUUGUGUCUCCCAGGAAACACCAACAAUCUAAACCUAAAGUUAACUGGUUCGCAUGGAACUCUACAAAGCCCAGUAGAACAGUACAUCCCAGGGCUUCUUUGUGAAUGGCUUAUCACUGUACCAGAGGGGAAGCUCGUGGAACUCAGCUUUGACAGAUUUAAACUGCCUCCGGAAAGCGAAUCGAUAGGAUGCCUCUACGAUUCGGUACAGGUUUAUGAUGGAGAUCACAAAAGCGGUGAUUCGUUAGGAAUUUACUGUGAUAAUGCAGUUCCAGAACCCUUGAAGUCAAGCGGUCGUUACAUGUGGGUUCGUUUCAUAUCGGACGCUGGAUACGAUUCAAAAUAUCCGGGGUUUAAAGCCACAUUCAACGCUGUGGAUAAACAAGUUAAAAACAGUUUGGCGAUAAUAGUUGGCACCGUAUGCGGUGUGAUAUUCCUCGUGAUUGUAGUGGUCUGCAUUGGUGUUUGUCGUGCAAAACGAAAGAAGGCGCCCAACACUGUAGCGGGUGUCGGAAUCCCAAUGUCGACAAUUGCAACUUCAGCAUCUCACACCACACAGCCUGGAGAGGUUGAAGAUUUGCCUGAACCAGCAGGAAACCAAUAUCCGUACCCACUUCCCCCAGUGGGGUCUACUCCAGACUCCAGAAGCCCAGCAGUAUCAUCUUCAAAUCCAAAUCCAGAAGAAUCACCACCACCCUACCCUGGAGAAGAAAGUGUCCCACAGUACCUACCUCCGGGUGAAUUAUAUCCAUGGCAACAGAGUGGUAACAGUACUUAA